AUGGAAGAUACGGUGUUACCGUCGAGUGCAACCAAUCCGGUUGAUGUUAUGUUUGAAGCAUUCAGGGAAUUAGUUGAAAAAGAUCGUAUCCUGAAAGAUAAUAUAGCGGAUGUAGCACAUGGAAUGGAAUAUUGGGUAUCGAGAAUCAUUGCUAUAUUACAGAAAACUCAUGCAUUCAAGGAUGGAUAUGAUAUAGAUUUAAAGAAGGUGCAAAAUAUUCUAGAUAAUGAAGUGCAAAAAUAUUUGGCAAAGCUAGCUGCUUUAAUAUCUCCCGUAUCAUAUUAUCGAUUUUACGAUAAUUUCCGUUUUGUUAUUCAGAAAUUAUGCUUCGUUGUGACUUAUGUUCAUUUUCUUAAACAUGGAAUUUUGCUGAGUCGUGACAGAGUUGCUGAAAUUUUAAAUAUUAAAGUUGACCCGGCAGCUGGUUUUCAUCUGGACGUCGAAGAUUAUUUAUUUGGUGUAUUGCAACUUGCUAAUGAACUGUCACGGUUUUCCAUUAAUGCUGUCGUUGUCGGUAAUAGCGUAUUGCCUUUUAAGAUUGCUGAUUUUCUAUAUGAUCUGGAUGCAAAAUUUCGACUGCUAAAUUUAAAAAAUGAUGGACUGCGUCGAAGAUACGAUGCGUUAAAAUACGAUGUUCAGAGAGCUGAACAAGUUGUGUAUGAUCUUACGAUUCGAGGUCUAAAGCGACCAGCGGACGAGAAAUCAGUUUCUACUUAA